CGCCGAUAGUCUAUUGGACAGCCGCACACAGAGUUCCAGUCCUUUUCCACACAACCCUUUGGCAAGUUUCACAACGCCAGUAUACAAACGAGAAAUCAUCGAGAAAAUGUUUAGAUCCAUUUUUGGACUAAAAUUCUUUGCAAGACCUCGGUCUUCAGGAAAUAUGGACUCUUCUUCGAAGAAGUCCAAACGAAGGAGUGAGAGACCUUCAUCUCCUGAAGACCUCAACCCUCCCACCAUCUUGAGGGAGCACGGACGACGGGGUGAGAGACCUUCGUCUAGUGGAGGCACCAACCCUUCUACCAUCAUGAAGGAGCACAGGCAAAGGGGUGAGAGCCCUUUGUCUUGUGCAGAAAACAAGCCCUCUACCACCAGGCAGCAAAUACGAAGGCGUGAGAGCCUUUCCUCUUCAUCCUCUGAAGACGACCAGCCUUCUUCCACCAGGCAGCGAGUACGAAGGUUUGACAGCCCUUCCUCUUCAUCCUCUGAAGAUGACCAGCCUUCUACUCCAAGGCGGAAGCAAGCAUGGAGAGGUGAGAGCCCUCCGUCUUCAUCUUCUGAAGACGACCAGCCUUCUUCCACCAGGCAGCGAGUACGAAGGUUUGAGAGCCCUUCCUCUUCAUCCUCUGAAGACGACCAGCCUUCUACUCCAAGGCGGAAGCAAGCAUGGAGAGGUGAGAGCCCUCCGUCUUCAUCUUCUGAAGACGACCAGCCUUCUUCCACCAGGCAGCGAGUACGAAGGUUUGAGAGCCCUUCGUCUUCAUCCUCUGAAGACGACCAGCCUUCUACUCCAAGGCGGCAGCAAGAAAAAAGGGCUGAGAGCUCUUCGUCUUCAUUUUCUGAAGACGACGAGCCUUCUACCACAAGGAGGCAGCAACAACAAAGUAAUUUGUACAUCGUAGACUUCAACCUUUCUACCACCUUUAGGCAGGAUGAAGGAAUUGGUGAGAACCAUCUGCCCUGCGUUGACAUUGACCACCCUAGCAUCUGGUGGGAGCGCGUACGAAGGGUCAACCCUUCAAACACCUUGAGGCAGGACGGAAGUGGUGACAGCCCUUCCUCUACAUUUUCAUCUUCUGAAGACGACGAGCCUUCUACCACAUGGAGUCAGCAAGAAAGAAAGGCUGAUAGCCUGAGUGCGAGAAAGGAGAGGGAGCUCGUUGAAAUACAAAAGCAGCAUUAUUCUGAUUUGAGGUGUGAAAAGAUGAAGAUAAAGAAGGAGAGGAAAACGUUUGGUCUGCUUUCAAGAAUAUACAUUUGGUGGCUCGAAUGGAGGAUAGACCGCUGUGCCAGGGAAAUCCAAUCAACCUGUGAGGAUGCGUGCUACCUCCAGGUUCAUGGUCACCUCAGAAAUCCAGAGACAAUGGCCAAGAUCCAAAAAGAGCUGCUUGACCGAAGGAAUGAGCUGGCCGUUUCAUAUCGCAGACAAGUAUUUAAGUUGGAGAUGGAAGUGAGGAAGCAAAGACUGAAGAGUGAGGACACGCCCCCCCCCUGUUGAUUCUCCCCACACCUGGUACAAACUCCAAUCAGCGCACCUGCUGCUCAUCCUGCUCCAUCACCUGCCUUCAAAUGCCAGUCGGACUUUCCUCUCCCUGCCAGAUUGUUGCUUACCACUGAAAAUAACCCACCUUGCUGCCAAUAGCCACGCCACGCACUGGAACAUCAAGUCUGCAGCCCCACUUAGGAACACAGCCCAGCACCCUCUCUGCCAGUCCGGCCAUCUUCGGACCCAGCACCCCCACUGCAGGCCCACACUCACAGCUUCAAUAAAAUAAGAUUCCUUACCACCUACUCCAGUCUGCGCCUGAGUUCUGAUCCUCCUUCCUGACAGCUCAUUGUGUUUAAUUUACAACAUUGCAUCAUA